AUGUCUCGUAUGCAAAUUUCGGUCUGCACCACUCUCUCUCGGGACAUGAGUUUUUUCGGCUUACCAAGCAGCCCAAAUCAGCAAACGACUGGUCCAGCUAACAAGAGGAAUGUUAAUCCAUUAUCUGGGAGUCAGGGUCCUGAGCUUGAAAAGGUCACCAGCCUCAGCGAUGUCGUGAAACUACCUCUUGGUGAGGACGUUAACGAAUGGUUGGCCAUUAACACUGUAGAUUUCUGCAGUCAUAUCACCGCUUUGUACAAUACUGUCGGAGAGUUCUGCACACCAAUCACUUGCCCAAACAUGGAUGCUGGAUCCACAGAUGAGGAUACACUGGCUGAUGCAUUUACUACAUUUCUGCCAAGAACUGUUUCAGCUCCUGAAUACGUUGAGCAUCUCACGGAUUGGAUUGAUACUCAGAUGGGUGACGAAACUAUCUUUCCGCGAAAACCAGAAGCACCAUUCCCACCAGACUUCAAGGAUUUUGUGAAGCGGAUUUUGAAGAGGUUGUAUCGUGUUUUUGCACACAUCUAUCGUUCUCACUAUCAGAAGAUUGUGUGUCUCGAGAUGGAACCUCAUCUCAACACAUGCUUCGAACAUUUUGUUCUCUUUGUAACUGAGUUCCAGCUGGUUGAUAAGAUAGAGUUGGAUGCUCUCAAAGAGCUCGUGGAGAAGAUUCUGGCUCCAUAG